GAGAGGGAGAGCAAAUCGAAGCGCGCACCUGUGAAGUUUGCCAUUCACAAGGAAGCUCGCAAGAACGAAACUUGGCCACGUCUUAUCCACACACGCGGGCACCCGACCAACCUCUCUCUCUCGCUCGCUCGUUGUUGAUCAUGUCCGAAAGAAACACCACACCCAUCCCGACCAAGAAAAUCCAAUAACUAACACAAAGGAGCAGAAGGCGAAGCGAACCAGUCAUGUGUGUUUCAUCCUCCGCCCCGUGCCUCAAAAUCCCACCUUCCUCCUCCACCCCCUUCAGAUUCUCCGCCGCGAAGCCUCCCAAGCCCAGCGUCGUCAGCCUCCCCACCAUCCGGGGCUCUCAGACCGAGGGCCCCUUGAGGCGGCCCGUCGCUCCUCCCCUCAGGCCCGUCCCCUCUUCUCCCCCCUCGAGUCCUUCGCCGCCCUCCUCUCCGUCGUCCGCCGUCGCCCCGCCGCCCCAGCAGCCGAAGCAUCCGGUCCCCGCGCCGGCCGAGGGCGGCGGCGUGAUAACGUUGGAGUUCCAGCGGCAGAAGGCCAAGGAGCUGCAGGAGUAUUUCAAGCAGAAGAAGCUCGAGGAGUCCGAUCAAGGCCCCGUCUUUGGGUUCAUCUCCAAGAAUGAAAUCGCCAAUGGAAGAUGGGCGAUGUUUGGUUUCGCCGUUGGGAUGCUGACAGAGUAUGCCACGGGCUCGGACUUUGUUGAUCAAGUGAAAAUACUUCUCUCUAACUUUGGAAUCGUCGAUUUGGAAUGACUUCUCUUCCUCUAGGUUCCCCAUACCAUCGACUCUUUUUGUUGUAUGUAAUUUGGUUCAAAGCCAGUAAUAUUUUUCAAUGUAUAAUGUUUUCCUUGUGAUCCUCAUUUGCUUGCGAAUGAAUGAUGCUCUCAAUUGUUUCCUCAA